UUCGGGCAGAGCGCUAGUCAGUACCGCAGGGACUUGAGGAGGUACUGCGGCCCCGGAGAGAUACGGGUGGUACGGAAACAUGCCGCCCAGUGCACGGGUGUUGAAGCUUGGCCGUCGGUACAAGCUGUUGGCAGCUGCAGCGCUCGUCUUGCUCCUUUUACAGUGCCUUUUUGUGUGGAGCUUUAGCGGCCUGGAGGAGGAAGACAGAGGGGAGAAUUCCCUUCAGAGGAGGAUCAGGAGUCCAGAAAAUGGAGAACUUACCAAGGAUUCAGACAGUUCUGCAGGACACAGAUCUGGGAAAAUACGACCAAAACCUAAGAAAGAUGGCAAAAUUGGGGACCGAGUAACAAGAGAAGUCACUGUGUGGCACAGGCAGGGGGCUCGUACACACACUCCCAAGGGUACUUGGCAUAAUCUUACCCGAGAGGGGGACACAGGUAGCGUUGAGGGGGCACCACAUCCCACAGACCACAGUUUUACCCCCAAAUGUGAAAUUACAGGCAAAGAUGCUUUAUCAGCGCUUGCCAGAGCAAGCAGCAGACAAUGCCAACAGGAGAUUGCCAAUGUGGUUUGUUUACACCAAGCUGGGCAACUCAUGCCGCAGAGUGUGCCACGUUACUGCCAGCUGACAGGCAAGGUGAGCUCAGGCCUGCAGUGGGAGGAAUCGGAUGUGGGGGCAACACCCCCUGAGAAGCCGCCACGUGUGGUGUAUAUGCUGGUUGUACAUGGCAGAGCUAUAAGGCAGCUGAAGCGUCUCAUAAAAGCUAUUUACCACCAAGAUCACUUCUACUAUAUCCAUGUUGACCAGCGUUCAAAUUAUUUGCACCGUGAGGUGGUCCAGUUAGCACAGCCGUAUGGGAAUAUUCGUGUCACAGCUUGGCGCAUGGUGACUAUCUGGGGUGGCGCAAGCUUGCUCACUAUGUAUCUGCACAGCAUGGAGGACCUGAUGAAGAUGUCAGAUUGGCAGUGGGACUUCUUCAUCAACCUCAGCGCCACUGACUACCCUACUAGAACCAAUGAAGAACUGGUCCUUUUCCUGUCUAAAUACAAAGACAAGAACUUCCUCAAGUCUCAUGGCCGUGAUAAUGCCAGGUUCAUCAAGAAGCAGGGUCUGGACCGGCUUUUCCAUGAAUGUGAUUCCCACAUGUGGCGUCUCGGAGAGAGGAAGAUCCCAGAAGGCAUUGUGUUGGAUGGUGGGUCAGACUGGUUUGCUUUGACAAGAAGUUUUGUGGAGUAUGUGACCUUCACUAAGGACCCACUUGUUUCAGAGUUAAGACGUUUCUACACAUACACCCUGCUGCCUGCUGAGUCGUUCUUUCAUACAGUUCUGGAGAACAGCCCAGCAUGUGACACUCUUGUGGACAAUAAUCUUCGGGUGACCAACUGGAAUAGGAAGUUGGGGUGCAGAUGUCAGUAUAAGCAUAUUGUUGAUUGGUGUGGCUGUUCUCCCAAUGACUUUAAACCUCAGGAUGUGGUACGCCUGCAGCAACUGUCCAGACCAACUUUCUUUGCACGGAAAUUUGAAUCAUCAGUGAAUCAGGAAGUUCUUGAUAUUUUGGAUGCUCACCUUUUUGGUGAUCCUGCCCCUGGUACUCCUGGAUUAAAGGGGUACUGGGAGAGUGUUUAUGAAAACAUGGAUGGGUUGGAAGGUCUGAGCGAUGUUACGAUGACUGUAUAUCAGGCAUUCACACGUCUGGCUCUGCAUGAACUGAAAGGCCCAGGCUUGGAAAAGAAAAAACAGACCUCAUGCAGAUUCUCUGUUUCCAAGUUUCCCUCCAGUGUGCAACUUUACUUCUAUGAUGACCACUUCCAGGGUUAUUUAGUUACGCAGGAGACUGACAGUAAGGAGAUCCUGGAGAUCUGGAUGAUGCCACAAGGCGCCCUAAAGCUGUCAGACCAAGGUGGUGUGGCUGGUCGCAUACAAAGCGUGGAAGUUGGUACAGAGUGGGAUCCUAAGGAGAGGAUCUUUCGAAAUUUUGGAGGCAUUGUAGGGCCAAUGGACGAGCCUGCUGCUGUGCAGAAAUGGUUCCGUGGAGUAAAUGUCACAGUCACUGUUGUUUGGAUUGAUCCAACGUACAUUAUAGCUGCCUCAUACGACAUUGCCGUGGACUCAGAGGCGGAUUUUACCCAGUAUAAGCCCCCUCUGACUCGCCCCCUUCGCCCUGGAAUCUGGAGUGUUCGUAUCCUGCACUUCUGGGAGUUAGUGGCUGAGGUCAAAUUCCUGGUGGUACCACUGAAUAUGAGAAACAAACAUCCGUUGCAGAAAGGGGAUCGCUGGUUGCAUUCUGGCCCGCAACAUGGGCAAUACAUGGAGCAGAAUUUUCAAGGUCUCAGUGGAAUUCUCAAUUUACCUUCUCGGGCUGAGGUUGAGAGAGAAGCCAAUCAGAAAGCAGAUCUUCUUGGCAAGGAGCUGAGAGACUGGACGGAUAACAGUUUGAGAGGCUUCUGGACAGUGGGAGGAGUGUGCACCAAGAUAGGUUCCUCCUCCUGCCCUUCCCUUCCUAUUUGCUCCAGUACCCAUUGGAGCUCUUUUUCCCCUGACUCCAAAUCUGAGCUAGGACACAUCAGACCUGAUGGCCGGCUGAGGUAGCAAAGCCUGUGAACAAAGACCACAUGGAUAAGAGGGCAGGUUAUAGACACACAGGAGCUUGUGCACACAGCUGCUAAAGGAAGUGUGUGCUGGACAGUUUAUAUGCUUGGUUAUGGCAAAUAUGGUGGCCUCCUGUUCCCCAGAGCAGAUUUGCCAUCUUAUUAAGAUAGAGCAGGAUCUUCCAUGUUAUGUAUUAACAGCAUUAAGUGAGGCUGUAUACAAAGACUCAAGAUGGGAUAUGGGCAAUACACAUCACCUUCUGUGUGCACCAUAUCUAUCCCACAUGUGCCAAAUCUGCUCAGCACCUGAGACAAUUCUGCUGCUAUAGAACAGACUAGAAAUGACCAAAUGUUCCCUAAGGGAAAAUGUCCCUACUCCUGAAGUCAGAGAUUUUAAAGGAAUCUCCUGUCCUUCAUGCCAGGGGCUGGCCCCCUGAACUUGUGUUACAGUAAAGACUUUUUAAUAUCUUUAGACUGCUUCUGAAAGAUCCAGUGGUUUCUCAAUAACAUUUCUCACUUGGGAAGCAGCUGGUGAUAUCACUGUGGCCCUAAGGUCCUUUCCUAUUGGCAUCUGUCACUAAAUUCUGGUACAAAGUGAAAAGGUCUCCUAUUUAACCACGAAGCACAUGAUGGACGUGGUGACAGCUGCAUUAGGGAUGGCAAGGGACAACGUAGACAUUUAUUACGAUACAAACCAAAGGUUGCCCUACAGUGCAGCCUAAUGUGUGUACAGCAUAAGGGACUGUUGUUGAUAGGUCCGAUGGUUGAAGUCACCCUGUGACAAAGCAAAGCACUUUAUGAACAUGUUUUUUAUGGUGCAAAAUCAAUCUUAAUAAAUGGGAUAAUCACUGAAA